AUGGCGGCUCUCCUCUCCUCCCAUCUCCGCCCCUGUGGCUCUUCUCUGGUGCUUCCAGUGUCUCCGGGGGGAAGGAACUGCUACGGCGGCCGUUCUAUCCGCCCGGAGGGAGGAGUCGCCUGCUUCCGUCGCUUGGUCUGCCGAUCGUCCUCCUCUUCAUCCUCGAGGUCGUCUUCCCCCCGGUUUGAACCAGAUGAAUGUCAGGUGAGUCCUCUCCCUGAAUUCCUCCCGUUAUCUUCUCGUUUUCUUAUGCUCCGUUGAAUUAUCUCUGGUCCCGGCUCGGCAUUGAUGAUUCGAUCUAAACAAGUGGCGAUCAUCUGCUUGGAUUCCCGAGAACGGGGUCGUCACGGGAAACCUGUUGAAUAGAUCGCAGGUGGCGAUCCAGCGAUCCCCAAAUGCUCGCUUAUUCGGCUUGCUGUUUCUUCAAAUCAUCUGUUGAGAAUUGAAUUAUUUCAAUUUCGUCAUCUCACUGUGCUGCAUUUUUGUGUCGUUCGUUGGCCAGAAGGUGAUCCCACGCUUCCUAAAAGAGGGCGUAGUUUCUUUGGCUCUGGCCGUCGGACUUCUCGCCGGAGCGCCGGCACUGGACGUUCCUGCGUAUGCCUCUCCAUCGGGACCUGUUGUGCCCGACCUCGCCGUGCUGAUAUCCGGCCCUCCUAUCAAGGAUCCCGGAGCACUGUUGAGGAACGCUCUUCCCAUAGACAACAAGGCCAUUAGGGAAGUGCAGAAGCCGCUCGAGGACAUCACCGAGAGUCUCAAGGUUGCCGGCGUCAAGGCGCUGGAUUCGGUGGAGAGGGUAAGCAGCAGAUGGAGAAUCUCCUCUGUUUCUUCCUGUUGCAGUCAAAUUAUUACGGUUUUCUAAAAUAGGGUUACUUCUGUGCUUUCAGAAUGUGAGGCAGGCGUCCCGUGCUCUCAGCCAGGGGAGAUCACUGAUUCUGUCAGGCCUUGCAGAGUCGAAAAGGGCACUGGGGGAGGAAACCCUGAGCAAGUUGGCUGCUGGGUUGGGCGAGCUCCAAACCAUUGUAGAAGAAAGGAACAGGGAUGCAGUGGCCCCAAAGCAGAAGGAGCUUCUUCAGUACGUUGGAAGGUAGGCAAUUUGCUUCCAAUAUCCAUCUCUCUCCUUUUUUUUAUUUCCUUCAUGCAUAUUAAAAUAUGCCCAGUUCUUCUCUUAAAUUUCUACUUUUCUGAAAUCCUCAAACCUCUCAUAACCGGGGAUCAGAUUUCAAUUGGGACUAUAUGCUCUGUCCUAAAAAAAAUCCCCUCAUUGAUAUUUUUAAUACAUGUUGGGUGGAAUUUAUUUUUCAUGGAGGUCAGGAAAUAGGUUUAAACACUUUUAUCUCUUGGCCUGGCAUUAUUAAGUUGUCUUUCUCUGCCUGCCAUUCACUUUUUUUUUCCCUUCUUAAGUACAUAUUGUUAAAUCUAAAGGAUCUAAUGUUGAUAUCAAUGAAGAAUGAUAAAACAUACAUAGAAUGGAUUAAAGUCAUAUCUGAAUCCAUGAAGUCACAAAUAUGAAGAUUGUCUUUUAGAUCAGCACAGAAAAAUCGUGUAAUGACUUACUCAAAAGAAAUUGGAUACUCUAAAAGUGACAUUCAAUGUGUGACCCAAGAACUAUGACUCAUUUAUAGACAAGAGGUGAUUAAUCUCUUAGUAUCUUCUUUUUAAUAUAGUCUAUCAUAAAAUUAGAAUAGAACUUAAUCUCUACACAUAUUUAUAUUUACACUCAUACUUACGAGAGAGCUCGUAAUCUUAAAUACUUACAACUUCAAUAAAUCAUUUUAAGUGGAAUUAACUCAAUGAUAACAUCAUAAUACACAAUUCAUAUAUAAUUUUUCACAUUGAGAUUAAUUUAAAAACACAUCACUUGUUAUGUAAUUAAUUUAUGACCAGCAUAUGAUGAACACAGAAUGUGUAUUUAAUUAUGUAAUUAGGGUGGUAUAAGUUAUCUCUAGAAACAUUCAAUUGAGAAACAAGUUUCAGUUGGGUUGUCAUCUAGAUCGAUUCUCCUCCAUUCUAUGGUGAUGGUUGCAACCCGUUUGAUCUUCGUUACCAUUCUCCUGAUUUCGUGCAUAAUCAAUGAUUAUGCAAGAUCUGGAACAGAAUAAAAUUUUUCUGAGAACACCUCGAGAGAAAUUGUUCUCAUAUAGAUCCUUGUGAUUGACUGCAGCUGAGAUCUUCCUGGGACAUUGGAUUUCUGCAGUGUUGAAGAGGAUAUGGUGGAUGGUUUCCCAAUUGAGGUGCCCGAAGAGUACCGCAAUAUGCCCAUUCUGAAAGGGAGGGCGACAGUGGAUAUGAAGGUUAAGGUCAAGGACAACCCCAAUGCCCAGGACUUCGUCUUCCGCAUGGUUCUGGAUGGCUACAACGCUCCUGUGACUGCAGGGAAUUUCCUCGAUCUCGUCCAGAGACACUUCUACGACGGCAUGGAGAUCCAGAGAGGUAGCCCUCUGAGCCUCCCAUUCCAUCCCUGAACGCAUAUCCCAUAUCGCAUAUCUCUUCGAUGCUGGCCGCUGAUGGUGCAUUCUGCUGCAGCGGACGGCUUCGUGGUCCAGACCGGAGAUCCUGAUGGUCCUGCCGAAGGCUUCAUCGAUCCAAGCACCGAGAAGAUCCGCACGGUUCCGUUGGAAAUCAUGGUGGUCGGCGACAAAUCGCCCAUCUAUGGUGAAACCUUGGAGGUGAGCCCCUGUUCCCAUGGUGGAUCAAGGAGAGCGAUUUCUACCCAUAAUAGGAAAUGGAAGGGGCCUCGAGCUUUCAUCUUGUUCGAGCUCCGAUCUGUGCGGGAGCUUGGAGGCCUUCUUCUGGGAUGAACAGUCCAUGACCCGCACUCAGGCAUCGAGAUCUCAUCUGAUGGCUUCCUCUGUGUGAUUUUUCAGGAUCUAGGCCGAUACAAGGACCAGACCCGGCUGCCUUUCAACGCAUUUGGAACCCUAGCCAUGGCGAGAGAGGUAAUUGCUCUCUGUCUCUCUCUAUCUCUCUCUCUCUCUCUCUCUCUCUCUCUCUCUCUACCUCUGUUCUUUCUCUCUCUUAAUCUCUGUGCUGUGGGACAGGAAUUCGACAACAACUCGGCCUCCAGCCAGGUGUUCUGGCUUCUGAAGGAAAGUGAGCUCACUCCGAGCAACGCCAACAUCUUGGACGGCAGGUACUCUGUCUUCGGGUACAUCACACAGAACGAGGAUUUAUUGGCAGACCUCAAGGUGGGAGAUGUGAUCGAGUCGAUCGAAGUGGUUUCCGGGCUCGACAACCUGGUCAACCCCAGCUACAAGGUCGCGGGUUGA